AAGAACCGCCUUUAGCCUCCCAUGGCCAGAACUUUCCCUAAACUCAUCGUUCUCUUAACCAUCUUUACCUUCUUUAUUGUUCAUAGCGAAUCUCAUGGCUUCUCUAGGACUCUAUCACUUGGGUCCAAGCGGCUUAAGCGUGAGAAGAUGAUCCACCUUCACUUCUACUUCCAUGACAUUGUUAGUGGUCUUAACGCCACUGCCAUUAGGGUUUCAGAGGCACCAUCAACAUUGACAUCAACAACAGCUUUCGGUGCUGUGGCGGUGUUGGAUGAUCCAUUAACGGAGACGCCAGAAGCUACGUCGAAGUUGGUAGGAAGAGCUCAGGGUAUCUAUGCUUCGGCAUCACAGAACGAGGUGGCUCUCUUAAUGACCCUUAAUUUUGCUUUCAUGGAAGGGAAGUACAAUGGGAGCACACUUAGCAUAUUAGGGAGAAAUACUGUAUUCUCAGAGGUGAGAGAGAUGCCGGUGGUCGGAGGAACUGGGAUUUUCCGGUUAGCCCGGGGUUAUGCUCAUGCCAAGACUCACUGGUUCGAACCCACAACCGGGGAUGCUGUGGUUGAGUACAAUAUCUAUGUCAUCCAUUAUUACUGAUACAUGAUGCUCGACAUUUUUUUUU